AUGGCAGUGUUGGAAGCUGACUCGGAAAAUCAAUGCUUCUGUAACAAUGUCAAUGCCAAAGUAGGAUGCUACUGGUGCCUGGCAACCACUGCGCUCCUCGCUGCUGACGCUGAAGAAGCUCCUCUUUCUGAUUAUCCACCUCCUGGGCUGCUUGCUGGUUGCUGCAUGCUUUCGGGUGCGCCCGAUUGCUCUCUGUAUUCGAUAAAAAUGUAUCUUUUUCUGGCCAUUCUCGUGUACAAAUGCAGCAGCUAUUUUUCCUGUGCGGAGUAUGAUCCAACCGAUAGGAAUCAGGCGGAAACCGACCCAAGCAUCCCGUUCCGUUAUGAGCAGGAUAUGGGCGGUGAUUAUCCCAACGAAAACGGUAACGGUUUAGUGUUCGAAUUCAGAAGAAGUAUUAAAAGUGACAACACAGAAAUUGAGGCUAGACGGCGGAGUGCCCUCGAUAAAAAUUUCAUGCGUUUUGGUCGGGCGGAUCCGAACUUACAGCGAGUUUCCCGAGCCAGCAAGCAGGCAAAUUUGAUGCGCUUUGGCCGUGCGGAUCGAGGUUUUCUGCGUUUUGGUCGAUUGCCAAACGAUGUGCCAUACUCACUGGUGCACUAUGAAGAUUUGAACCAUCAGACAAACAAAGACAGCCCCGAGGAUGACAGCCAAGAGGACGUACCCUCCAAACGGACACCCAAUUCGUCAGAGGAAACUGGAGUGAGUGAAUCCAGCGAACAACUGAAACCAAAGCAACUUGUAUAUUACCGACGCGAUUCGCCGAAAAAUCUUAUGAGAUUUGGCAAACGAGAUCCAGAUGAAAGAUUUGUACGGUACGAUCGAGCGAAUUUAAUGCGUUUCGGUCGAGCGGGAACCGGAAAUGCGGUGCCACGCGCAGGAAAUCUACUUCGAUUCGGUCGGGCAAAUGGGAAUCUGAUGCGAUUUGGUCGCUCCAAAGGCAAUCUCAUGCGUUUUGGUCGAUCUGAUCCGCACUUUUUACGCCUGAUUAAGAUGGACAACAAUUUUAUGCGAUUCGGUCGAUCCGGUAAGAUGGCGGCAAAUGUAACAAACAGCAACGGAACCGCUGCCGCCGAUUUUCCUGCCCUGGCAGCUAAUGAGGAUGGCAGUAAACGCGUAACGGAAUACAGCCGGAUAGCGUCUGAAAAUUCGCCUUCCAAUUCCGACGAGGACUAUGAAAUUCAUCUCCGUGAGGAGGACAUUCUUGCCCCGAUGUACGUUGUUAAUAACUAA